AUGCAGAGCAAAAAGAAGCUCUGUGCUCUUUAUGGGAAGUGGACAGAGUGUUUAUAUGUCGUCGACUCGGCCGCCUUCGAGACGCACAAGAAAAGUGACAAGAAAGGAUCAGAGGAGAAGAAGAGCAGCAAGGCGGAUUGCGGCGCUGCGUCUACGACUGUAGACACGGUGGACGUGAUUCCUGGCAGCCAGCUGCUGUGGAGGAUCGCUCCCAGACCACCAAACUCUGCACAGAUGUACAGUUUCACCUCGUUUGCGAUGCAGCUGAACGAGCUGCGGCAGGAGAUGGAGGGAGUGAUCCCUCAGACCGACUGCAGACUCAGACCGGACAUACGAGCCAUGGAGAAUGGGGACAUUGACCUUGCCAGUGAGGAGAAGAAGAGAUUGGAGGAAAAACAAAGAACAACUCGCAAAAACCGUUCAAAGAAUGACGAGGAGUGGAAGACGAGGAGUCCCGCCCUCGGCCCGAGGUCAGAGCUGCUUGCUCACGUGUGUCAUGUGAUCCUGUGUUCUGUAGUUUCUCAUCCUCUACACUCAAAUCUAACCUCUCACUGUGUCCUGCAGUCUGUUUUCAGAUUCGUUAUUCACUGAUGGUAGAGUCACAGUUUCACAGAUUUACUUGAACGCCACAUUGAGUCUUCUCUCCCGAAUUGAUUUCCCUCCCUGCUGUUAAACAGAAAA